CAUCUCUAAUUCACAAGCGCACGUUUCUCAAAACAAAACAUUUCAUUGCUCUCGAGGAUUAGUAUAAAUUCAAGAUGUCCUCGUGGAAGAAGGCGUCGAAGAGCAACCAGAAGGUGCACCGGGAGCGCCACCAGCCGGAGGCACGCCAGCACCUGGGAUUCCUGGAGAAGAAGAAGGACUACAAGAAGCGAGCCAUCGACACACAGAAAAAGCAGAAGACCCUGAAGUUAUUGUACCGCCGGGCGCAAAACAAGAAUCCCGAUGAGUUCUACCACCACAUGAUCAACUCCAAGCUGUCCAACGAUGAGCACCACGAGCAGGAAAAGAAGGACGAGCACACGCCCGAGCAGCUGGCCCUCAUGCAGACGCAGGACCUCAAGUACGUGGUCAUGAAGCGCACCAUGGAGCGCAAGAAGAUCGACCGCCUGAAGGCGACGCUGGUGGACGUGGAUGCCACUGGGGGAGCAGGCAAUAAGCGAAUCAUCUUCGACGACGAGGGACGCGAGGAGUGGGUUCUGGGCGAGCGACUCCAGCAAGAGGAGGAGAAAUCGCAACCACCUGUAAACGCCACUAAACAGAUGCGCAUCAACGAGCUGAAGAAGCGCGAGCAUCGUGAAAGGGAACUCGGCAUCGUCCAGCAGAAGAUUCAGCUGAAGAACGCUCUUAAGCAGCCACGUCUUCUGAAGCCGAAGAAAAUUACGGCCGGAACCAAGGACAGUGCGCCCGUCUACAAAUUCCGCUACGAACGCAAGAAAUAGGAUGGUUUAUCUUUUAGUUCUUUAUAUUAAUAAAGCCAUUAAGUGUUA